AUGCAAGGUGGGGUUAGUGUCUUGAAUGGACCAGUUUUUGAGAGGGCCGUGGAUGCACUCCUGAAGAAAGAGGGAUUGACGCUGAUGACCUCCUACCAAAACAAGGCGGGACGAUUCAAAUUUAAGCAGAAGAAAGAUAUGUUUUUUCUUUGUAUUUUUUUUCGGUUGAAGCUCUUUGCGCAGCUCUUCUUGCGCUCAAGUGCGAAGAUGGCGUCCAUGUUGUGGGUGAAGGUGGAGGGCGGCGAAAGCACCAUCCGAGUCUUGCGGAGGGACUUACCCGUCGCAGAUGUGGCUGCGCUGCUGAAGAACGUGAAGGAGCAAGUGGGGCGGCUUCCCAACAUUGGGCUGGAUCGGCUCAAUCUCUACCAAAACGAGGAGGUGAAGAAGCGAGGCGGCGAGGCGCUUCGGCCGAAUCUUCCCUAG